UCAACAAACUUUUACCUCUCAUCCGCAUGCAUGACACCCAUUAAAUUCAAUACCCUCUUUUUUCCUUCUUCCACAGGAAAUCCUAAUUCCACAGCUCAUUUCCCUUCUCUCUCUGCCUUCCUCUCUCCCCUUCCCUUCUUCAUCUCCUCCCCAAACACCCAACUAUAUUCCGAUGAAGCCAGUCACCUGUGACGAUAAGAUAAGGCCACCGGUGGAAGCCAUGAAAUGCCCUCGAUGCAAUUCAACCAACACCAAGUUCUGCUAUUACAAUAAUUACAGCCUUACACAGCCACGCCACUUCUGCAAGACAUGUAGAAGGUAUUGGACCAAAGGAGGUGCUCUUCGUAACGUUCCUAUCGGCGGUGCUUCUCGCAAGAACAAGAUUAGGACCACUACUAAGUCCUCCACUUCAAAGGACUACUCCUCCUCCUCCUCCUCCUCCAUACCAUCAUCUCACUUUGGUGAAUUGAGAUUUGGACUUUCUCCAACUAUGGAUCAGUUUCUACAACUUGGUGGUGGUAUAAGUGAUGGAGGUAGAGGUGGACUACCUUUCUCUAAAUUUCCUUCUUCCUUUGGGAAAGACUUAUCAUCAUCCACGGCUGCUGCUAUGCCAGCUUCUGGAUCCUUUAUGACUUCUUCAAUCGAGUCUUUGAGUUAUAUAAAUCAAGAUUUGCACUGGAAGUUGCAGCAGCAGAGAUUGGCUAUGCUUUUUGGUGGAGAGACAAGAUCACAUAAAGAUGGAGAUGGAGGAGGAGAAGGAGGAGGGGGAGGAGGAGGAGGAGGUGAUUCACUCUCGGCUCUACCUGUUGUUCUUGAAAACCAGAUCUUACCGGCACAAGGGAUCUCAAAAGAAGAGGUUUUUGCAGUUAAUAAUAAUAAUCCCAUGAACACGAAAAGCUGUAUCAGUAGUGGUGCCACAACAACAGAGUGGUUCUAUGAGAACUCUUACACUCCAACCUCCACUACCAUCACCAACAACAGUGGCAGCAACGAAAGCAACUGGAAUGGGAUUCUAGCAUGGACGGAUUUGCAUCAAUAUAAUGCAUUACCCUAGAGAGAGAGAGAGAGAGAGAUCAUAAAAGAAGAAAGCUAAGGAAACCCAUCUCAGAUGAUAUUCUUUUCUUGUUUUCUCUUGGCUCUUGGUUUCAAGAAGGUGGAGGAAAUGGUGAGCUUUUUUGUACUAAUUUGUUGAUGUAUCUUUCUUUGUUAA